CUCCUGCUAAAGGCCCUACCCAGCGUGAACACUAUAUAAGGCCACGAAGCUCGAAAGGGUCACUUUACCCUGGCAAAUGGCAGUAGCAAAAGGAGCUUCCCUCAACCAUGUCUCCAGAGAAUCCUCCGAUGUUAGACGCCUCGCCAACUUCUACAAAGAGAUCUUUGGUUUUGAGGAGAUAGAGAGUCCAAAUUUCGGGGAGUUCAAGGUGAUAUGGCUGAAUCUCCCUCAAGCUUUCUCUCUCCACCUAAUUGAGAGAAGCCCCACCACGAAGCUUCCAGAAGGGCCCUACAGCGCUGCCUCACCGGUUCUUGAUCCCAGUCAUCUCCCCAGAGGCCAUCAUAUCUGCUUCUCCGUUUCCAAUUUCGAUUCCUUCGUCCAAACUCUCAAGGAUAAGGGAAUUGAAACUUUCCAAAGGUCUGUUCCUGGUCGUCCAAUUAGGCAGGUCUUCUUCUUUGAUCCGGAUGGUAAUGGAUUAGAAGUUGCAAGUCGUGAUGAAUAGAGUUGCACUCCACAGGCACAAGUGUGUUGAACAUUUAGCUAUUGUUAAGAGGGAAUAUAAAUAAACAAUGACAAGAACUUGCACUAAGAUUCGCUCACAUAUAUAUAUAUUUAUGGUAGUUCCUUCAUGCCCCUUAUGAUCAUGAUCUGAUCCUUAUUGUACUAAGUUUUUCUUCCUUUUAGUCAUUGAUUGGCAUAUGAUUAUGGUUAAUAUUUGGCUUUGGCUUAA